GAAAUAUAAGGCCGAACCACUUGAAGUUGCCAACAUUUGGUCACUUUUCACUUUCAGAACAUCAGUUUCACCCAGUUCAACACAGUUUAGGACCCAGAGAAGACCUUGGAGUUAUCGGACUCAGGUGCAAAGCCGAGGGACCCGCUGCGCAGUGGGAUGAAAGGUCCUCUUCUCAGCAUAAGGGCUACACCAGGCUCCAGGCUUUUAGUCUGGGUUCCAGAGGCCAGCAGUGAGAAGUUCAGACUGUGGUCAGUCUCCAAGAGUCGAAAACAUGCAAGCAAAGUCCGGCUUUAUUACAUGCUUCACCCCAGGGAUGGGGGGUGUCCUGCCAAGAGGCUCCGGGCCGAAAAUGGAGGUGAUGCUGACACGGUGGAUAAGAAUAAAUGCUGUACCCUCUGUAACAUGUCCUUCACCUCUGCCGUGGUGGCUGACUCCCAUUACCAAGGCAAAAUCCACGCCAAAAGGUUAAAACUGUUGCUAGGAGAGAAACCUCCAUUGAAAACCACAGCCACACCACUGAAUUCACUCAAGGCCCCUCGGGUGGACACGGCUCCUGUGGUCUCAUCUCCCUAUCAAAGGAGAGACUCAGACAGAUACUGUGGCCUGUGUGCAGCCUGGUUUAAUAAUCCUCUGAUGGCCCAGCAGCAUUAUGAUGGCAAAAAGCACAAGAAGAACGCAGCACGGGUUGCCUUGCUAGAGCAGCUGGGAACAUCGCUGGAUCUGGGGGAGCUGAGAGGUCUGAGGCGCACUUACCGAUGUACCAUCUGCAGUGUGUCGCUCAACUCCAUAGAACAGUACCACGCCCACCUGCAGGGAUCGAAACAUCAGACCAACCUGAAGAAUAAGUAGUGAAUGCAUCAGUCAAGAGCUGAGAAGAGAUGCCGGCAUUUCUCUGUGGCAGAGAACUGCUCACCCACCCCAAGAGGACCCUUUCUCGAGCAAUGAACACUUCUUUCGAGGAUGCACAGAUUAACACAUGACCAAUCCUGAUUUUUGGAAGUAGAUAAGAUUUCUUUUCUUCAUUUAAUUUAGUGGCAAAUUAUACUCAGAUGAGUUUAAAGAAUCCUUUCUCGGUAACAUGUUUAGCACAAGUUCCAAACUGCAAUCGCACAGCAGCUAGUUGGAGCAUUAUUUGAACUUACAAAGAGUGAAAAAAUUUAAUUUCCUAUUUAUUCUAGAUUUCCUUAGAGUUGCAGUGAUUCCGUGAGACCCUUCAUGAGUAUCAUGUAAGUCUCCUAGAUCCAUUAACAAGCAUACUUUUGUCAUCACGGGGAACAUAGUUGGUGACAACACCCACAGAAACAGAACAAAUAGUGGUUUUGUGGAAGUUAUGUAACAGACAGACUACUGGUCCUUCCUGCUUCACACCCAUGAGCCAGCCUUGUCUCUACAUGCCAGGAGCAUGAGAGUAGGUGGGAACAGAGAGGAAGGACCUUCACCCUGGAUCACCUUGAUGGAGAGCUUCCCAAGAUUAAGCCAAGUUCUCCUUGCAAGCUGCCAGAUCAUAGCUUAGGAAAAGAAUUAGUUUGAUUGCAUGAUGAUCCUAUUAACUCCAAAUGUUGCCGUAGCAGCUGACCUUGGUGUGAUGCUUUACUGAAGGUAUCCGAAGGAGAAUGAAAACCCCAGAGUGAGAUGGAAGUAGUUCUUAGAAAGUUGGCCUGAGUUGUGGGCUUUCAUUUGGGACAGUGAUGAUUCGGGAGAAAGUGACUAAAUCCUAAAGAAGCUCCAUUCUUCUGUUUCUCUUCCAUCGAGUUGCCGAGCUGGGAAUCGGUGAUUUGAAAAAGAAUGCCUCUGGGUAGAGGAUAGACCAGACGGGAUGGAGUCUGAGUGCAACUGUAAAAUUCCUCCUCCAGGGUUAAUUGCUCUGCAUUGGGAUGGGAGGUAGUGUCUUGUAGACACCACAAGGUAGAUGCAGAACUUUCGUUCCUGGGCUCUCAGCUGGCUGGAGCAGCCCUUUACACCUUGUGACCACCAAUCUAAUGAAGUCGGACUUUUCCAGACGUCAUUGCUUUCCACGGAGAUCUGAAGUGGUUACAGCCAGUGAGCAAUACAUGAGACGACACGGAUGUACAGUGUUGUUCUUAAGGUGCCUGUUUUGUUGUGUGAGGGGGUCACAGUCACUGUGGCUGCGAAAAGGAAGGUCACACACCACCCCACGCUGCAAGUGGGGAGGAGGACGGGUGUGGUGACACGAGUUCUAUUUUGCUAUUUUGGGAAGAAGCACACAACAGAGCUACAACCGUCCAGUGAUGGCUCUUCUGAAUGUGUGGGAUACAGCUUUAUUUGCCGAUUCUGCUGUAAACUAAGCAUAGUCUGAGUUUUGUAUUUUUAAAUCUUUUUUUCUGUUUAUGUUUAGUGCCUGAGCUCUUUCCCUGAAGUGUUGUGUUUAUUUCUUUUUAACGACCUAAGAUAGAAAAGCCUAGGAACAUAGAUUCCCUUUGCGUUACAGUGAAGCCUUGCCAAGCCCUUUAUAGUUGAACCUCCAGCUCCAAUAAUCUGAUUAUUUCAGAGUGCCUCAUCGAAAUACCAUUGCUCUUUGGCAAGCUGACUCAAGCACCCCACCAGAAAUCUUGUCGGUUUGAUUGUCCUCACGUUUAUUCAAGCCCACGCAGAUAAGGGGAGUUUCGUUCCAGCACACCGUGAAGAACACUUGCCCAGACCACGUGAUGCAGGAGAGCUCAGAAAUGCUCCUGUGUCCUAGGGACCAUAGAAUAGGAACACCUCUACACAGAAAACUGCUGUGCACUGUUCCUUUGGUGUGGCUGUAUGUUUAAUUAAGUCUUAUAUUACUUUCUGAUUUCAUUGUGGGUAGAUGGGAGUUGGAUUUAGGGCAAAUGUUUUCAAACGGCCAGUUAAUUCUGCUGGAAAGAAGAGAGACACAUGCUGCCAUCGCUCUGGACACCCUGGAACACAAGGAAAACACACACACCAUUAACUCUGUGUUAAACCGAGAUGUCUAUGUUCAAUUGGACAGUCAUUGAUGGUUGAUAUGGUCUUUCUCUUCUCUUCCCAUCCCAUGACAUAAUCUCGGGAAUUUGACACGCAUUGUUCCUGUUCUCUACCACUGAACUCCAAGCAUAUAGCCCUGAUUCCCAUGGAGACUAAAUCACUCCCUAGUCCUGUCCUGGCAAUACAAUUCAAAUUUGCUUUACAAAACGUUCUUCCCUUUUAGUGCAGAAAUAAGCUUGAGGCUAACUUGUGUGCCAGUGGCCACAAAUGUCACAGCAGUGAGUCCCAGAUUGACGAGCUCUCCUUAUAUACAGUCGCCACAGCCCGGCAAACUAAUAAAUAUGCUCAUAAAGCAAUCCACUAAGCAGCAAAUGCAGCAAUGAUCCCUUCUGCUGAUAAAGUAGCCAUAAAACUCAUCUACUGCUGCUGGGCUGGAAGACCAAUAGGAUUUGAACUUUCUUGGCCUCUUAGAUGACAUAGGAACAUAAAUUGGAACUGCAGGGAUCUUCACGCUGUCUGUUGGAGUAAGUUUAUUAGGCCAACCAUAUCAAAAGGCAAGAACAAGGGGCCACAUGUACAGCACUGACUUCCUGCAGAACUCCCCGCCUUUCGGUCAAAGCUGAGUGAGACUUCUUUUUUUUUUUUUUUGACAAGCCAGUGGGAAUACAAAAACACUAAGCCCAGUAGGAGACUGCCAGGUCGUAACCACACCCCCCACCAACCCGUCUGUCAUUCACUUGAUCAGCUUGUCCAAUGGAUUACUUUUCAUUUGUAAGAAUAAAAUUAAGAAGGAUCUGUCUGUUCCACAUAUUAUUGUAGGGA